CUCGUUACGACACGGCCGGCCUAGCCAGGACGGCAACCGGCGGGAGUUUUUCAAAAUGGGAGUACAGAGGCACCGCCCAGGCCUCCGAUGGUGUCAGGGAGAACUUUCGGUGGCUUUACCGUCGUCGCCGGGAGCGGCGGCCUAGAGAGCCAAGCCUGAUGGGCGCCAAGACCGGCUGGCUGCUUGGAGCGCUGCCUCGAAGGGACUGCGUGAAGGGAGCUAAUCGGGGGAACACAGGCCGCGGCCUGGAAAUAUGGCGACCUCCAUCGGGGAGAAGAUCGAGGAUUUUAAAGUUGGAAGUCUGCUCGGUAAAGGAUCAUUUGCUGGUGUCUACAGAGCUGAGUCCAUCCACACUGGUUUGGAAGUUGCAAUCAAAAUGAUAGAUAAGAAAGCCAUGUACAAAGCAGGAAUGGUACAGAGAGUCCAAAAUGAGGUGAAAAUACAUUGCCAAUUGAAACAUCCUUCCAUCUUGGAGCUGUAUAACUAUUUUGAAGAUAACAAUUAUGUGUAUCUGGUAUUAGAAAUGUGCCAUAAUGGAGAAAUGAACAGGUAUCUGAAGAACAGGAUGAAACCUUUCUCAGAAAAUGAAGCUCGACACUUCAUGCACCAGAUCAUCACAGGAAUGUUGUAUCUUCAUUCUCAUGGUAUAUUACACCGGGACCUCACACUUUCUAACCUCUUACUUACUCGUAAUAUGAACAUCAAAAUUGCUGAUUUUGGGCUGGCAACUCAAUUGAAAAUGCCACAUGAAAAGCACUAUACAUUAUGUGGAACUCCUAAUUAUAUUUCACCAGAAAUUGCAACUCGAAGUGCACAUGGACUUGAAUCUGAUGUUUGGUCCUUGGGCUGUAUGUUUUAUACAUUACUUAUCGGGAGACCACCUUUUGACACUGACACAGUCAAGAAGACUUUAAAUAAAGUAGUUUUGGCAGAUUAUGAAAUGCCAACUUUUUUGUCAAGAGAAGCCAAGGACCUUAUUCACCAGUUACUUCGUAGAAAUCCAGCAGAUCGUUUAAGUCUGUCUUCAGUAUUAGACCAUCCUUUUAUGUCCCGAAAUUCUUCAACAAAAAGUAAAGAUUUAGGAACUGUAGAAGACUCAAUUGAUAGUGGGCAUGCCACAAUUUCUACUGCAAUGACAGCUUCUUCCAGUACCAGUAUAAGUGGUAGUUUAUUUGACAGAAGACGACUUUUGCUUGGUCAGCCACUCCCAAAUAAAAUAACUGUAUUUCCAAAGAAUACAAAUUCAAGUGAUUUUUCUUCUUCAGGCGAUGGAAGCAGUUUUUAUAAUCAGUGGGGAAAUCAAGAACAAGAAACCAGUAAUAGUGGAAGGGGCAGAGUAAUCCAAGAUGCAGAAGAAAGGCCACAUUCUCGAUACCUUCGUAGAGCCCAUUCCUCUGAUAGGUCUAGGACUCCUAAUAGUCAAGCUCGAGCAAAAACCUAUACAAUGGAACGAUGUCACUCAGCAGAAGUGCUUUCAAAGUCCAAAAGAUUGGGAGUAGAUGAAAAUGAAGAGAGAUGCUCAUCCACAAACAGCAAUGUCAAUGUUUUUCACUUCUUUAAAGAAAAGACAUCUAACAGUUCUGGAUCUUUUGAAAGACCUGGUAACAAUCAAGCACUCUCCAAUCAUCUUUGUCCAGGAAAAACUCCUUUUCCAUUUUCAGACCAGACACCUCAAACUGAAAUGGUCCAACAGUGGUUUGGGAAUCUACAAAUAAAUGCUCAUUUAAGAGAAAUUACUGAAUGCAACAGCAUUAGCUCAAACCGAGAUUUCCAAGGCCGUCCAGAUUUGCAGGACACAUCAAGAAAUGCCUGGACUGAUAUAAAAGCCAAAAAGAACUCUAAUGCUUCUGAUAAUGCACAUUCUGCAAAACAGCCGAAUACCAUGAAAUAUAUGACUACACUUCAUAGUAAACCUGAGAUAAUUCAAGAAUCUGUUUUUGGCUUAGAUCCUCUUUCUGAGCAAAGGAAGACUAUGGGUGUGGAACCAUCUUUGGGUUAUCAGAAACGUACAUUACGAAGCAUUACAUCUCCUUUGAUUGCUCACAGGUUAAAACCAAUCAGACAGAAAACCAAAAAGGCUGUGGUGAGCAUACUUGAUUCGGAGGAGGUAUGUGUGGAGCUUCUGAAGGAGUAUACAUCUCAAGAAUAUGUGAAAGAAGUUCUUCAGAUAUCUAGUGAUGGAAAUAUGAUCACUAUUUAUUAUCCAAAUGAUGGAAGAGGUUUUCCUCUUGCUGAUAGACCACCCUCACCUACUGACAACAUCAGUAGGUACAGUUUUGACAAUUUACCAGAAAAGUACUGGCGAAAAUAUCAAUAUGCUUCCAGAUUUGUACAGCUUGUAAGAUCUAAGUCUCCCAAAAUCACUUAUUUUACAAGAUAUGCUAAAUGUGUUUUGAUGGAGAAUUCUCCUAAUGCUGAUUUCGAGGUUUGGUUUUAUGAUGGAGCAAAAAUACACAAAACAGAAGAUUUAAUUCAGGUAAUUGAAAAGACUGGGAAAUCUUAUACUUUAAAAGGUGAAAGUGAAGUUAACAGCUUGAAAGAGGACAUAAAAAUGUAUAUGGACCAUGCUAAUGAGGGUCAUCAUGUUUGUUUAGCACUGGAAUCCAUAAUUUCAGAAGAGGAAAGGAAAAGCAGGAGUGCUUCCUUUUUCCCAAUAAUUAUAGGAAGAAAACCUGGUUGUAUUAGUUCACCUAAGGCCUUAUCACCUCCUCCUCCUGUGGAUCCAAACUACUCAAUGAGAGAUAGACCAGCUUUGAGUAGAAUAGUCGUGAAUAGUGCUGCCUCUACAACACAGAUGGUUACAAAUGAAAGACUUGGUCUUGCAACUGCAACUUCUGGAACAAACAUCUCUCCUGGUAGUCUAAAAGAUUGUCUUCCUAAAUCAGCACAACUUUUAAAAUCUGUUUUUGUGAAAAAUGUUGGUUGGGCUACACAGUUAACUUGUGGAGCUGUGUGGGUUCAGUUUAAUGAUGGGUCACAGCUGGUUGUGCAGGCAGGAGUGUCUUCUAUCAGUUAUACAUCACCAGAUGGUCAAACAACCAGGUACGGAGAAGAUGAAAAAUUACCAGAAUACAUCAAACAGAAAUUACAGUGUCUUUCUUCCAUCCUUUUGAUGUUUUCUAAUCCAACUCCUAGUUUUCAAUGAUUAAAACUCCUUUCAGAUAUAUAAAUUUAAUAAAUAACUUUUUUGUUGGCUUUCAAGUAAAGUGACUUUUUAUUUAAUAUAACUUCUUCAGAAAGCCUUUCUAUGAAAGAGAAUUUUAAUCCGUACCUUAAAGGAUGUAUUUUGAGAGAACAAAGCAGAAUGAAACUUGAGUCACUUACCAAAUAUAGUGAUCAUGGAGGAAAAUAGAACACUUAACUUUGCUCUUAGAACAUAUACCCCCAAACCUACUGUCUUCAUAUUAUUUGUAUUGAACAAGCUUUUAAAAGCAAAAAUAGUGUGUGAUAUAUUUGUGCUUUUAUGGUAUUCCCUACUUCUCAGACAUCUUAAGAAUCAUGGACAAAACAUGCUGGCAUUUUGGAAUUUUUGAACAUGUAAAUAAUGUGUAUUUAUGUUCUAAGUAACAUAUGUAAACAUGUAUAUUUGUUUUAUAUUUAUUUUUGUAGCACCAGUGUCUGAUGAAACAUUUCUGCAAAUGCAUUUUAUAAAAAAUAAUAAAUACAGUGAUAAGUUACUUUAUCUUUUGAUUUGUUUAAUUAUAUACAUAUUUUAAAGUAAGUUACUAGGAAAUGCACUUUUAAAUUUUGUUGUCUGUUUAGGUGUCAAUGUAAUUUUAAAAACUAAUUUUGUAAAUGUUAAAA